AUGGACGACGCUGGGGCGCUGGCCGCGGUCGACGGCGCCGUCGCGCGCCUCAAGGACGCCGGGGACGUGGCAAGCGCAUUGACGCUCCUUAGCCCUCACAACGCGAUCUACUGGGCGGACGAGGUCGACGAGGCAAGCCCGCCGGCGCCGGCGGCGACGCCCGAGUGGCGGAAAGCGAUUAGCUUUGCCGACUGGAUCGAUGCACUGCACCCGAAGGACCGCCAAUGGAGCCGCGCGCAGGUCAUCGAGGAGCACGAAGAGAUGUUCCGCAUUAGCUUUGAGAAUGGCAUCGACGACGACAUGUGGGUCGACCGUCAAUCGGCCGACAUUGCCCCCGACGGCUCCAAGCUCUACGAGCCGUGGCGCAGCCGCCUCCAGGUCGGGGACCUCGUCGACUGCAUGGACAACCAUUACUUGUGGUUCACAUCGACCGUGCUCUCGAUGUCGCCCGAGAAGAAGAUCCUUAUCGGGUACCGCGUGUACUCGAUGGACGGCGACCAAGUCGACGCGCGCGGCCGGUACUCGGGCUACGACGCCGAAUUUGACCAGUGGUUCGACCUCAAGUCGCACCGGGUCGCGCGGGCGUACACCAAGGCCGACGGAACACUGCAUCGCAGCACGCUCCCGUCCUCGGACGCGGACCACGUCUUUGCCAACGCCGCGUCGACGCAGCGCUGUCACUCGCCGCUCCUUCUCGCGUCGCUCAACCGAUUCGGCGCGUGCCAUGGCUUCUCGCUGCUGCUGCACGCGAUCCCAACACUGUCGAUGGCCGAGCUUAGCAGCGUCCUCGAGUGGCUCCUCGACAUCACCGAGUACCUCACGCAGCCGUUCGCGUCCUCGUACCUUGUCGACGUUGACGCUGCCAUUAGCGCCAGCCUCCUCCUGCAUCUCCGUGCUGACGUGCGUGCCAUCUCGAUCGACGUCGCCGCGCACUGGGCCGGCCGUCUCCAAUCGCUUCUCUCGCACGUGCUCAACGCCAAUAGCACGGCGCUCCGCCUCGACACGUGGCUCUGGUCCGUCUAUAUGGUGUACAUUCGGUGCCCGCUCCUCGAGCGUCAAUUCCAAGGCGUGCAAAAGAUGGUCGACCUCGUCCAGAGCUUUCAUUACCGGAAGCGCCAGCACCUCGACGCCGCGCUCCUCACCGAGUGGUUCCAGCGCGAUCAUGUCCUUGACGUGCUCCUCGUAUCGCAUGCGGAAGUGCUCCAGCGCGCGCUCGAGCUCUUCCGCUUUGGCGUCCAGCAGCGCGUUGUGGCCAUGUCGACGCUAUGGGCCGUCGUUCUCGACCCGGCCGCCGAGAAAUCCCGCGUCUCGCUCCUCUACUCCUUUCUCGUCGAGAUGGCUGCCGUGCUCGCGCCGGACCAGCUCCUCGAGCUCUGGCGGCUCGUGCAAGCACUGGACCUUGCGCUGUACAGCGACGACACCAUCACGUGGCUCGCGCGCCUGCACAAGUGGCUCGGUAUCCGCAGUGUGGACACGUCGGACGGACCGUCGACGCUGGACCUGUUCUGGGCGAUUCUGCAGCACCCGAAUCUCCCGGCGUCCGUGCAGCAGGCGGCACAACGUGGCCUUGUCGGCGUGUUGAGUGCCAUGGACAUGAAGACACCGCGCCAAGAAAACCUGCUUCGGUGCGUGGCCAAUCUCGCCAACUCGACCGCGGUCGUGCCGUCGCUCGAGAUUGCCGAGGCGCUCCUCGAACAGUACCCGCUCAUCUCGUACACGGCGUUCACCAUACCCCGGGGUCUCGCGUUCUCGCAGCUGCCGGACGUGGUGCCGCGUCUGCUGCAGGUGCUGCCGGCGUACCCGGACGCGGCCUUUCGGUUUCUCUCGUUCGUGACACCGCUGGGCGUCACGUUGACCGACGACGAGCUGCGUGUCCUAGUCUCAUUCAAGGACGACGACGAGCGACUCUACCCGUUCCUCUCGGGGCUCUGCGCCUCCUUGCCAUUGACGCAGUCGACGUUUGUUUUCGAGUGGUUUUUAACCCACGUCGACGCGCAUUGGCCGCUGCUUCGCUUCCGCUGCUUCGAACAGUACUUUCUCUCGCUCAACCAAGCCCAUGGCAAGCUCGUGCGAAGCCUCUGGGACGAGACGACGCUCUUCGAUGCGCGCGUCCUUCCGCACGACGUGCUUGGCAUCGAUGCGCUCUGGCACAUUGCGCUCAACGCAAGCAGCCUCGAGACCGUCAACGCGGUCGUACCGUGCCUCCACGCGCUGUACCACGACACGGACUCGCCGCUCGUCCAGGAAGAGUACAUGGACCAGUGCUGCGCGCACGCGCGCGUGGCGGUCGCCAACGCCAACGCACCGGCCGUGGCGCGCUGCCUGCACCUGUUGCAGCACAUGGUCGGGCAGUGGGAGGCCGUCGAAGUGUGCUCGCCGCGUACGCGGCCCCACGGCGCCUUGUCGAGCCCGAGCGACGCGUGCCUGGAGCUGCAUUGGAACGACCAAGUGCUCUCGAUCACGCCGUCGACGACCAUUGGCGAGGUCCAGGCCGCGAUCGCAGCGCUCUGGAAGGUGCCUGUCGGUGCGGUCGUCCUCGACUGGCACGACGCCAACCGGACCCACCGUGUGCCGAGCCUCUGCGUGCAAGCGCGCCACGGCAUGCUGCCGAGCCUCCUCGAGGCCAAGUCGAGCACCCUCUUGCCGGCCGUGAGUGCGGUGGCCGCCACGUGGUAUGCGGACCGCGCGGUCGCGAUCGAGCGCUACAGCAACACGAACGUGUACGUCAUGUUUCGGGGCCAAAACGACGAGCACCACUAUGACCUCGACGAGUGGCUGCAUUUCAUCGCGUCAGUCGCGUCUUUGUAUCCGAAUUUGGUAUGGGCGCACCUCGUCGAGUCGGGCUUCCCGCCAUCGCCGACCAGUCUCCGCUUGCGGCUCGUGAACAAGUACUUUGGACUCUUUAUGGACGUCCUCGAGGUCCUCGAGCGAUCGCAGCACGAUGCGUCGGCCAUGUGGGAUCUGCUGCAGCGUCUGCCGUCGUACGUGGUCGCGAUUGACGAGCCCAUCUCGCUGUGCCGCCCGCAUCUGGUCUUGUACCAGCUGCAGAUCCUCGCGGCGAGCCCGCAGCGCAUGACGCCGUCGAUGGUUGCAACGCUCGUCGAGCUCGUCGGCGCGCCGUCGCUGGGGCUGCAAGCGCACGCGUACCUGCUCUUGGUGCUCCAACGCCACACGGCGCUGGACCUGCCGCGCCUCGUGACACUCUUGCGCAUGGUCGCGUCGUCGGCCGACAUGAACACGGUCGAGGUCCGCCAGCUGCUGCAGUGUACGUGCUACAUGUGGACACAGCACACGGCGGCGCUGGCCACACGUAAUGAAGACACGGCGCUACUACUGGAGCUGCUGCAGUGCCCGACGAGCGCCGGCGUCCGCAGCGACAUGGCCUCGAUGCUCACGGCAUGCCCGCCGUUGUGGACGUUUUCCUGGCUGCCAUCGGGCCUGCCCACAGCGACCUGCCCCGAGUUUUUUGCGACCCUCGUCGCUGUGCUGCAGCAAAUGCCCGUCGACGACCGCAUCGCAGUGCGCGACGCGACGCUCCAUCGGCUCUCGACCACGCUCAUGGCGCCGGACGCGCCGUCGGCCGAUGACGUUGUCGCUGGCUGCUUGCAGGUCCUCGCGCAGAUGCCGCUCGAGUGGGCGUUGCCGUCGCUCGAGCACUUUGCGACAUCCGUGCUCAGCGCAUCCUCGUCGGCAUCCUCGUCGUCGCUUGUCGGCUUGAAGAACAAUGGCAACACGUGCUUCCUCAACAGUAUUCUGCAGCAGCUCUAUUGGAUCCCGUACCUGCGAUCGGCGAUCUUGCAAUUGGACACGACCGACGCAUCGCCGCUCUUGCAGGCGCUACAGACGUGCUUUGGCCACCUCCAAGCCUCGCGCCGCCCCGAGUACAGUCCGCGCAGCGUCUCGGAGGCGUCUCCGUUUGAAGCCGGCGUGCAGCAGGACGCGCAGCAGCUGUACCUGCACAUUGUCGACAUGCUCGAGGCCGUCGGGCUCCAUCGCGUCCUCACGGGCUCGGUCGUCCACGAACUCGCUUUCGAGCGCCAGACGCGUCGGUCGAGCGAAAGCUUUUGCUGCCUCUCGCUCGACGUCCAGCACCUCCACUCGCUCGACGAGUCGCUCGCGUUGUGGGCGAAACCGGAUGCAAUUUCGGGCUUUGAUUGGGACGCGGCGCACACGAACGUGCACAUUACGAAGCAAGCCCUCUUGCACGACUUGCCGCCGUACCUAUUCGUGCAUCUCAACCGGUUCACGCUCAACUACCACACGUUUACGACCGAGAAGAUCAACUCGGCCUUUGCGUUUCCGCUCGAGCUCGACGUGAGCGCGUAUGUGGCGGACACGCAAGCGGCGCCGCUGUAUACGCUUGUGGGCAUUGUCGUCCAUAGCGGCACGGCGCAGUCGGGGCACUACUACUCGUACGUGCAGACGGGCCGAGGGCGCUGGAUCGAGUGCAACGAUGCGAUCGUGCGCCCAUGGCACAUCGAGUCGCACCUCCAAGCCGACUGCUUUGGCGCGGCGACGAGCCAGAAGAGUGCGUACAUGCUCCUGUACACGCACGCGCCGGACGCGCACUAUGACGCGCCGUCGUCGUCGCUCCCAGCCGUCCUGCAAACAACGAUCGACGAAGACAACCGCCGGUGUGCGCUCGAGGCCCAUUUUCUGCAGCCCGACUUUUAUAGCUUUUUGAUGGCGCUCCUCGAGACGACCGAGUCGCUCUCGCUCAACUUGGUGCUGCUCGCGACCGAGUUUGUGUGGCACAACAUUGCCAAGACGACGGAAACCGCGCUCUUGCCGUCGCUGCUCGAGCGUUUGCUGCCGCUUUGGACACCCGAGAUGGCAACGCGGUCGCUGGACGAGCUCUUGAAAGAAGCGCCGCUCUUUGUGCUCUCGUGCCCCGACGUGGUGGUGCGCGAGGCCUACGUGUCGUUCGUUCUGCAUGUGUUGGCCUUGUGCCCGCUCGGCCGCCGCCGCGCAGCGUGCGAUGUCAUCCUCGGCUGGCUUCCAUCCGUCUCGACCCAGUGGAUGCGCAUGGAGCAGUACUGGACACUGCUGCUGCAAGCGGCGACCAGCGACGUCGAGUGGUUCGUUGCGCGCGAGACGCUUUCGUGGUGCCACGCGUUCGUGCUCGGGCAGCCGACGUCGCUCGUGGUCGAUGGCGUCCGGACACCGCCGAUGUUGCACACGACCAGCAUCGGCAACACCUUUCUCGUGCCCAAGCUCGGCCCGCUCCUGAAUCUCAUGGUCCUCUUGGCGCCAGAGCAUGCCGAGACGACGAUCUUCUCGCUGGCGUUUUUCCAGCGGCUCUGGCACUGGCUGCCACAAGCCGACGACAAGACAGCGACGGCUUUCAACCGCGUCGUUGCGUGCGCCUGCAAGGACAACGCCGGUCUGUCGCAGAGUCUCUGCGAGCUCGUGCUAUCGACGCUCACACACGGCAGCGUGGUCGGUAUCGCCAACGCGCUCUUGACGCUCGUGACGCUGCUGCGUCUCCCGGACGAGCUGCAGACAUUGCGAUUGCAGUGGCUCUUGGUGCGCCGUGGCGCGCCGCCGCACCACUGGGGUCUCUUGUACGCCCUCUUCUUUGGCCGGCUGAGCCACGUUCCGUGGUGUCACAAGGUGCUCGAGACGCUGCUCGUGCUCUGCGACGAGUUGCCGCCGCUUGCGCAGCUCGUUGGCAGCCUCUUUCCGAUGCAGCUGCACCACGCCACGUUUCUCGAUUGGAUCCGUGACGCGCUGGGAUCGACACACGACCAUGCGAUCGAGACGAUCCCGAUAUCGACGACCAACCACAUUCCAGCCUCGUUGCGCUACAAGCGCUUUCAAGCGUGGUCGCCGCCCGAAGACCGCGUCUUGGCGCCCCGUCCGAUCGCAUACGAGCCCGAGCUCAUCAAGCAAGACGAGAAGGUCGAGCUGCUCUUGCAGGCGUGGCAGUACGGCGACGUGCUCGAGUUUCACGUGACCAACUCGCGCCAGACGCCGGUCGUGCUCACGCUGGACGUCCAGUCGCCAUCGCCCGUGUACCUCGUUCGUGAAGUGCCCGGACUCACGAUUUGCGUGCUGUACACGAUGCCAGCCGGCGACCUGGCGCUGCAGUGGACGGCCGAGGGCUACGAGGGCUCGGCGGCCGCCACGACGACGUCGACUGCCCUCGUUCCCGUGCUGGAAGCGACGACGCGGCCGCGCCACGACUCGCUCGAGACCAUGGGUGCCUUUGACGAGGACGACAGCUUGCCUGCGCUGGCCGACCCGACGCCGACAUCGUCGUCCGAGCCGCGUGUGUGCCCCCGCUGCACGUUCCACAACGAGCCGUUUAGCAUCCUCUGCGACAUGUGCGAAGCCGACCUCGAUGGCAUGCUCAGCGACAGCUUCUAG